CCUGUUGAAAAUGUCUCCGUAAUGUAGAUAAAUGUGAGGGAUUUUCUCCACUAAAUCCGUCUCCUGUCCGUUAAAUCUCACGUCUCCGAAUCGAGCCUGCGCAAUGGAACAAAGUCGGAAUAUCGAGACGUGACACCGGCAUCGUGCUUUUCCUCCACGCAGCUUUUUGCAUAUUUCUUUUUUCUUCUUUUUCUUAUUUUUUUUCCUCCCACAUAUUAUUUCUUAUUUUAAUGACUUUGGAACAAGUGUUUUCGCCGGACAGACGCUGGGAUGUCUAGAGGACACAUGGGUGGUGAUGUCCUGAAGUGGACCAUGCACUGUGUGUCUCGCGGCCGCGCGCUUGUCCGACUGCUGCUGCUGUGCGCGCUCGCGCUGACGCCGUUGGCGGCGAGGGCGGGGCCUGAGACCCUGUGCGGGGCGGAGCUUGUGGACACGCUGCAGUUUGUGUGCGGGGACCGGGGCUUUUACUUCAGCAAGCCAACAGGCUACGGCCCCAACUCACGGCGCUUGCACAACCGUGGCAUCGUAGAUGAAUGCUGCUUCCAGAGCUGUGAGCUGAAACGACUUGAGAUGUACUGCGCACCAGUCAAACCUGGUAAAGCGCCACGAUCGGUACGAGAGCAACGGCACACAGACACGCCCAAAACGCCAAAGAAACCUAUAUCUUCUGGUCACAGUCAUACACCAUGUAAGAGAGAGAAAAAAGAGAGGAUGGUGAGGGAACGUCUGUUUAUAGCUGCUAAAACGAGGUUCAUCAGAAGAACUCGAGCCGAGGGAACACCGGGGGGAGGAACUAUCGGAUGUAGUUAAGAGAAGGAUGAGGGGAACUAAUGGACAGUGCCAAGACGAGAAGAGUGGUUCGCUCUAACAGCAAAAAAAAAGAAAGAAA